UACCAUAUCCCUCCCCUUCCCCAUUUCGGUUUUACACUCCCCACUGUCGGCUUGUCCCGACUCGACUCGAUUCUCUCAAACUUUCCAGCGGGUUUACCUCCCUCUUCUGUCCCACCAAACCUCAACGUGCGCUCCCCACUUCGCUGACACACACAGAAACGUUCUAGGCCUGUAUGGUCGGUACAGUGGCAGCACUGGAAUUAUCCCUGGCAGGAACCGAUUCUAGGUUUCUUCCAUUGCGUUGUGUUGCGUUGCGAGCAACUAUCCAUCCCUCCAGUAGGCCCUACGGCACCUAGAGCACUCGUACUGUAUUUCCGUUUUGAGGCGUCUUGAAAUCCGCCUUUCGACUAGGUCGUAUCUCUAGAGUAACUGUACUUCGACCUUUUUUCAGAUUCCUGAAGGGGUCCUCCACCGUCCUUAGCCGCUGGACCAGUCAUUUUCCACUUGUACCGUCAUUGCAAGCCGAGCAUCACGGAACCUUGUUGCUCCCUGGCUCUUUCGUUCGUUCGUGAGAGCACCCCGUGUAUCACUGCUGUAGCUUUUGAGUCGACUCAAAAGUCACCUCUUCGGCUCUUUCUCUCGUUCGUUCGUUCAUUCGCCAGAGCACCCCGUGAAGCACCGUCGUAGCUCUCGAGACGCGAGCACCAGCGUAAUCCGCGAGCUAGGAAGCGGCAUCCGUCCUAGUUACUUAGGUCCAAGUGCUACUGAUCGUUAGUUGCUGUACCGAGGACGUCGUAUAAGUCCAGGUCCGGACACCAGGAGAGGAGUCCAUUACCAGCCAGGCAUCGGAUACUUGCAUCCUUCAACACUCAAGGGCAUAUAACCAGGAGAGUUUUUUUUAUUACGUACGUUUUUUCCGAUCAUCCAUAUAGGUUGGCUAUGGCGAAGCGGCAAAGCCAAUCCCUGCUAUCUCAUCUCCCAACCCCGCUUUCUCACGCUGACGACCGGUACCACGUCAGGGGGACAUCCAUGGCGUCCCGUGCCGUAGCCCCUUCUUCGGAAGCCUCGUCACGUAGCUUACCGCUCGAUCGUGGGAAUGCUGACCGACCGCUGAGUGGAGCAUCGCCUGCUGCGUACGCAUCACCCCUGCAGACACCUGUUCAAGACGCAUCACCCCUGAGCACCGCACUCUCCGCUGGAGUCGCGGUCUCUGCAGAUCCGGAGGGUUGCUGUCGAUCGCGCAUCGACUCUACAACUCUCCCUCGAGCCGAAGACCAGUUUGCAGCCUCGGGGCGGAGAGAGGGUGCGCGCACGGAGGGGCAGGAUCAGGCGGGUAUGGCGCAGAGAGAUGGUGCGCGCGGGGUGCGGGGAGAGGGUUCGCGCAUGGCCGGAGGAGAGGGUGCGUGCAUGGCGCGGCAGGAUAGGGCGGGGGUUAUGGAGCGGAAUGAAGAGGUGGGCAUGGUCGUCGCAGGGGCCUGGAGCUGUGAGGCGGGCGAGGGCGCUGAUGCGACGUCGUGCGAUCGCGUCGCAGGGUCGUCGUGUCGCAGCCAUGCGAUCACCAGCCCCGCGUCGCAGCCCCGCCGCGUCGUCGCCCGGACGCGACGACCAUUGACGCCGAGUACAGUCCUGCUGUCGCACGGCUUCGCCUGCAGCGUACUCGCUACGCUCUGCUUCGUUAACCUCAUAGCGUGCGCCACCGCGCUGUCCGCUCAGGCGACAGCGAGCCCACCCGGGAGCUCCAAUCAGCCGAACCUUCUGCCUACCUCCUGCUUCUUCGCGCUCCAGGCGUGCGACUUCGUGUUCGACAACUCGCUUGGCUUCGUGCCGCUCUACGCGCUCGCCUCCAUGCAGCCCGACGUGCCGUUCACGCAGGGCAUCCUGCACAGCAAGCGAGCGGCGCCGGCCAUAUCUGGGAAGCUGAAGCCGCAGUGCAAAGCCGUGAACGCGUGGAGGUCCAAGUCACUCAAGUGUCCGCAGCUCACAGUGGUCCCUCCUGCCAGCUCGGCGUUCCCGAGCAUUCGCUUUGCUGCCAAGAAACCAGUCUCUGGGACACCUGGCUACAGUGGAGCGUGCUUCACAAUGAACUUCUCGCAACUAAUUCUGAAGCUGGGGAGCGGACCAAAGGGAAUUCUUAGGCUUACUUCAGGCGAUGGCAAUACACAGUUUCCCGAGAACCGGAGAUGCAUCGUCUUUAGGACACUAUAGGCCUGCGGGCUGGAGCCCAGUGUGGUUGUACUCUGUAGAGAUGAGGUGUAGUCAAUCUUUUAUGGUUGUACUUCGACAAGAUAAUGUAUAUAUAAGACGCUUCCAAUGCCUACUAGUGGCGUGGCCUCUAUGAUACGGCAAUGACUGAUUAUGCCGGAAAUUAAUGUUUUAGUAAUGU